AUGAAUUGUAAUAUAUACUUAUAACUAUNCCUAAAGUUAAUAGAUUUAGGAACUGCAAAAAUAAUUAAAGGAAAAUAAGGAAUUAUUCGUACAUAUACAAUUAUAGGAACUCCACAUUGUAUUUUUAUAUCAUAAAGAAUUUAUUAGAUAUGGCACCAGAAAUAAUAUGUGGCAAAGGAUAUAAUUGUUUAGUUGAUUUAUGGUCUAUUGGUAUAUGUCUCUAUGAAUUUAUGUGUGGUAUGGUUCCUUUUGGAGAAGAAGCUGAAGAUCCUUAUGAAAUUUAUGAAGAAAUUAUCAAGAAGGAUAUAACUUAUCCUAAUUAUUUAAAAGAUAAAAAAGCCAAGAAACUUAUGGAUUAGUAAAAUUGAAUUAAUAUAUUUUUUAGAUUAUUAUCUCGAGUUCCUGAAGUGAGAUUAGGAGGAUCUUAUGCAAGUCUUAAGGGUAAUCCUUGGUUUGAAAAUUUUGAUUGGGUAUUUAUUAAAUUUAUAAAAAAAUAGGAAAAAUUAUUGGAAAAAGAGAUAAAAACACCAUAUCUUCCACCAGCAGACAAAUUACUACCAGAAAUAGAAAUAAAAUCACUUGAAUAAAAUGGUAGAAUGAUUGAGGAUGAAAUUAAAGUAAGUAUUAUAUCUACUCAAGUAAGAGCAAUCUGUAAGAUAAAUGGAUGGUAAUAAUUAAGGAGAUUAAGGAUGGGAAAAAGACUUUUGA